AUGUUCUCGGCCGCGGGGAAGCGCUGCUUCACCAUCGAGUCUUUGGUGGCGAAGGAGAGUCCGUUAUCGGGGGAAGAGCCCGUGCGCCCCGCCGCCCUCACCUACACGCCCCCCACAGACUCUUUCCUGGGCGGCUAUCAGAGCCCCGCGAGCCGCGCGCUCUACCCCAGCCCGGAGCUCGUGUUCCCGGACGCAGUGAGCCACGCGCCUCUGAGCGCGCACCCGCACCAGCUCGGCGGCGCGCACCUCCAGCACCCUCACUUCUUCAGCGCGCAGCACCGAGAACCCAUCAACUUCUAUCCGUGGGUGCUACGGAACCGGUUCUUCGGACAUCGGUUUCAAGGGAAUGAGGUGGCUCAUGACUCUCUGCUGCUGCACGGGCCCUUCGCCCGGAAGCCGAAGCGGAUCCGCACGGCUUUCUCUCCCUCUCAGCUGCUGCGCCUCGAGCGCGCCUUCGACAAGAACCACUACGUGGUGGGAGCGGAGCGCAAACAACUGGCCAACAGCCUCAGCCUGUCCGAGACCCAGGUGAAGGUCUGGUUCCAGAACCGCAGGACCAAGUAUAAACGGCAGAAGCUGGAGGAAGAGGGACCCGAGAGCACACAGAAGAAGAAGGGCAACCACCACAUCAACCGCUGGAGGAUUGCCACCAAACAGACCGGCUCUGAGGACAUAGACGUCACAUCUGAUGCCUAGAACCCAUUAGAACGGGCCUAAACUCACACACAAAGCCAAACAAGCCCUAUUUAUUUAUGUUCUAAGCCAUGAUCAUGUCUGAGUUUAAACGUGGCUGCUGAGGACUGUGUGUGUGUGUUGAUGUGAAAGAGGGAGUGAAAGUGCAGAAAUGUGGUCAGUAUGGAGACCCAGCCCAGCUCUCUCUACCACAAACUACAGAGACUGAACAUGGACUCAGUUAAACCAGGACUUCGCUCACCUUCCCCACAGUAGCUGAAUCUAACAUGGCACACUGUUUUAUUGCCUAGACAACAAAAGCAAUUAUCAAAUAAUUUUCCUCAUUUUAUUUUAUUUAUACUUUUAUUUUUUUUUUUGUUAUUGUUAUUAUUUUGUAUUAAUACCCAUGUCAGAAUAUUUAAGGGUUAAAUUACACAGUCCUAUAAAAAGUUUACACAUCCCUGGUUUAAUUACAUAUUUUGUUGAUUUUAAAUCUUCUACAGAGAAAACACUUCUGCACAUUAAUACACAAUUACUGUUUCUUUACUGAAUUUAACAUAUUUGGAAAAAUAAUAACGAAACAUUAGUUAUGGCACAUUUUAUAUUUUGUUUAAAUUUUUUCCAAUAUGUUAACCUAUGUUAAAAAGUAGAAAUUAUGCAGUAAACUUGCAGAAAAAUGGCAUAUUUUAGUGUGUUCGCUGUAGAGAAUGUGUUGACUUAUUUUCAGUUAGAAAAUAAAAAAGCAUGUAAUUUGGCCAGGGCUGCCCAAACUUUUGCAUAUGACUGUAUCUCUAACUUGAUGUCAACCUGGGAAAAAUACUCUUUGUUGACAGCUAAACAGCUUAAACUGUACCUUUUGUGCUGGUUAUGUACAAUAAUACAUAAUAAUGUAUUCACAUACAUUUAGACCUGAAAACCUCACAAUGAUCAUAAAAAAUUAUAAUGCAUUUCCAUUCAUCAGGUGGUUCAGUUAAUUUCUAUCAUAUUCUUGCUGCCACUGAUUCAUUUCUUUGUAUUUUGAUUAAGAUUUUCCUGUGGCAGCUGACAACAGUGACAAAAUAAACUAAUUGUGAUGGGAGGAAUCAUUUUACAGGCCAGUUUAGACAUGAGCGCAGGAAUGAGAGCUAGUGUGUGUGUGCGUGUGUGAUUAGAGUGCUCGGGUGUCAUUCUGUAAUGGUAAUGCUGGCUGAUGGAUGCAGGUUACAGUGUGGCAGCUCUUUUUUUCUGAUUCACAAACUAUACUGAAUAUUUGCCAACUAACACAUUAAUGCCCGUAUAUUGGCCCAUAUAAUGUACAGUACAAUUGAAAAUGAUUUUUUUUCCAAAAAAAAAGGCCAUAAUA